AUGGGUGGGAUGACGAACCGCCACUGUAGCGAAUACCCCAGACUGAACUCUCCCGACGACGCACGCUCGUUGCCCUCCGCUGCGUCCACAGCCUUUUGGCUGACGGGUGUGGCAUGCGUCUCGGCGGAACACCUGCAGCCUGUGUGCUAUCCACGGCGGGAAAACAAGGAGGAGGAUGGGGAGGCGGAGGUGGUUGUGAAGCAGGAGGAGGGGCAACCAGCGCAUGCGCAGGGAUGCUGCGGGAAUGACAGUGUUAGCACGCGGGGUUUGGCGUCAUCGGCGUUUUCCUCCACGGCGAAAGUGGCAUGGCUGCGAAGAGGGGAGGCGCGCAGCGCCAACAGGGCCGGCAACGGCGGCAAUCGCAGUGGAAUGAUUUCUCAAUCGUCGAUGGUAUCCAGGGUGCCUAUUCACGUCUUGGAUGAGACGGUGAUGUGCAACCUCGUCCCACUGCUACCGCGCACACAUGCCCAGAUGGGGCUUGUGUCACAGGUAGUGCCCUGUACGCUGUGGCCACCCCCUGUGGGCAACGCACGUGCCACAGCCAGGGUGACCUCGUUGCAGCACGCUGCUGCUCUCGCCGCAGAGUUACACCACAAUGCCCUGCGCAGGUCCACGUCGCCUGCUUCCUGCCCAUACUCGUUCCCCGUGGCGUUGCCAGGUGCGUUGGUGGAGUGGUCGACGGGUGGUGUGGGGUACACAGCUGACACGGAGGGGCUGUGGGCGGAGCAGCGUGUGGUGCGGGAGCGCCACCACCACCUGCCGCCGGUUUUAAUAGACUGUGAUGCACGUUACAUGAAUGCCACUGUCGGCGAUGGCGCCGACGGCGAUGGUGUGGGGUGUGUAAGGGCCGUGCAGCAGGGGAUGGUGCAGUUGCGCACGCCACCGUCGACAUUGACUGGGGCUGUGCGAGAGCAGCUGCGCCGGUUCUGCCGCAUACAACAGGAGAGACGCUUGCGAAACGAUAACGACGAGUGGGUACUGUGUUUUGCGCGGCUGGUGACGAUCACCUACGAGCUGGCUGUGGUGCUUGAACAGCUUACCUUUCGGCCGGGCCCAGCCAGCGCCACUGUAGACGCGGCAGCUGUAGACGUGCUGCCAUCGUGUGAUUCCCUCCUUGAUGAGAUGUUUCUCAUUGGAAUUGUGCCAGUCGGAGAGCCGCAUCGCCUGUCGCUUGUGUGCCCCUCCGAGGCGCACCGUAUGCUGACGGAAAAGCGGCGCGUGACCCCCGGCUCACCAAGUGGCGGCACCGACACCACGUCAGGGCCCACUGCAACAGUCGCGUCAGCGGCAGCGGUCGAGGGCCCCGAGCCACGGCCCAGCGUUGCGGAGUCCCUGAUGGAGAUGAUGACGCUGGCGUUGCGCGAGUCGCUCUGCCGGCGUAUUGGCGUGCAGUACGAACUCCUCCGCAUCCUUCGCGUGAAGGCGUUAGCGGCGGCGCACCGCGAUCUUCUGCUGCAGUACUCUCGAUGGUUCUCGAGCGUCCCACCGCCGCUGGCCGUGUUGCAUGUGUUGGCGGGUAGCACUCUCUUUGCUCCCCUCGUGGCGCAGCGCUGGGGCCGUCGAGCGGCACCGCCUCCGGCUGUCGCUGGUGUGAAACGCCGACAACCGGAGGAUGCGGAGGAGUGGGGCGAAGAGGAGGAUGCCGAGGGUGACACCAACAAUAGAGAAGACGAGGAGGAGCCGGAGGAGCUCCACUCCACGUUGCUCCCCCGUGAUCGCGUUGGUGAGGCCGUGGCGACACCACUGACGCGGGUACCAGCCGAAAUGGAGCUCCUGGACGACGACUAUCCCGCCCGCUUCGCUGCCUGGAUGCGGCGCCACGGCGGCGGCCACAGCUGUCACCUCAACCACCACGGCAGCGGCAGUAACCACGGUGGGGGAAUCGGCGGCGUGUGCGAUGAGGUGGCUCUUGCGGCGACGGUUAGUUGGUUGCGCCGGCGUAGACGCACGAUGACACUGAAGGAACUCGACGCCUUUGCCCGCAAGAAGCAUUGA